GUGAGUGGCAGCCACUUCAACCAAUCAUAAUCGAGACAUCCUAGCCUUGCCCCACCCCACAGGCUAUUUUCAUUUUAGAGACCCUCCCUUCCCCCCGCCGCCUCCCUCGGGAGGGCGGCACCUGGAGGAAGCUCGAGGGGAGGCGCAGGUGUGGAGGCCAACAACAGAGGGUCUGGGCCUGUGGCCUCACAGAGUCAGAUCUGUUCCGGGAGGAGCACCAAUUGUCCCUCCCAGGCUGCUCAAGCCCCACUGAUGACGGAUGAGAAUGAGGAGAAUGAUGAUGAGGGAGCCUGGCUGCAGCUUCGGCCGGUGGAGCCCUUGCCCUCUCAAUGCUGUGGCAGUGGCUGCUCACCUUGUGUGUUUGACCUCUAUCACCGAGAGCUGGCAAGGUGGGAGGCAGCCCGAGCCAGCAAGGACAGGAGCCUUCUGAAUGGGGAGGAGCCACAGAGCUGCCCAUCUAGGCUGAGCCCAGAGACCUUCCUGGCUUUCCGCAUCAGUGCCAUGGACAGACUCACCGAGGACACUUACCGUGUUCGGUUUGCGGUCCCCAGGAACAGCCAGCUCGGCCUGCGGCCUGGCCAGCACCUCAUCCUACGAGGGAAGGUGGAUGACUUAGAAAUUCAGAGAGCCUAUACACCCAUCAGCCCUGCCAAUGCAGAAGGGUACUUUGAAGUUUUAAUCAAGUGCUACGAGACUGGGCUGAUGUCCCGGUAUGUCAAGUCCUGGAGUACAGGAGACACAACCUUCUGGCGAGGACCUUUCGGCGACUUCUUCUAUAAACCAAACCAGAUGGAUAUCGUGGCAGCCCUGAGACUGGCAUAUGAGCAUCUGUCCAUGUGUUCCUUCCAGACACUCUCAGACCCCACCCAGGGCCACAGACAGCACGGUGAGCUCCUCAUGCUGGCAUCGGGCACUGGCCUGGCCCCCAUGGUGCCAGUCCUGCAGAGCAUAACAGACAACGCAGAGGACGAGACCUUCGUCACCCUGGUCGGCUGCUUCAAGACCUUCGAGGGUAUCUACCUGAAAACCUUCCUCCAGGAGCAGGCCCGUUUCUGGAACGUCCGAACCUUCUUUGUACUCAGCCAGGAGAACUCCCUGGAGAAGCUUCCCUGGAGCUACCGGGAGAAGACCCGCUUUGGCCGCCUGGCCCAGGACCUGAUUGAAGAGCUGGUCAGCUCCUGCCGGAGAAAGCCAUUUGCAUUGGUCUGUGGCUCAGCCGAGUUUACCAAGGACAUGGCCAGGUGUCUGCUGUGUGCAGGCCUAGCCGAGGACUCCUACUUCCUCUUUUAGCCCUUGCCUCCCUUCCAAAGCCCCAGCCAGCAUCCUGCCACUGAGACACUGGAAGAAGCACAGACUAGAGUCAGAAAACAUAGAGUGCAGGCCUGGCCCCACUGCUCACUGGCCAGGUGACCUUAGGUAAAUGCUUUCCCUCUGUGCACCUCUGUCUCUCAUCUACCCCACAAGCCUCCCAGCUCCCUCAGGCAGGCGUAUCCCUGUGCAAGAGAGUAUGGGGCUGCGGGGGCCCUGGGGAGGAGAAAGACCAGCAUGGGAGUCAAGGAGGCCUCUGUGGGGGAAAGCCGUGCCCAGCCCCGGAAUGAGUCGGGGUAGGCAGGAGAAGGUGCAGGAGUUUCCCAGGUUCCUUAGAUUAGAGGGCUUGCGGACUCCCGUCCCGUCCUACCCCUACCCUACCCGUAGGGGUAAAUGCCUGUUCUAAAACCUGCCUUCCCUGAAAACUGUAUGUUCCUGCUGUGGCCUCAGGGCUGGCUCAGCUGUGUUGCCUGCUAAGUGUUUAGGGAAUGACCACAGGGGUAGCUAAGAGCUCCUCAGAGUAGGAACUUGACUUUGCACCUCCUAUGCCUCAAGCCUGACACAACGGUCUUGGGGUCUGUGACCUGAUCACAUUCUCUGAGCAAGGUGGGCCCUGGAUUACUGUUAUUUUGUACUGGGCCCAGGCCUUUCCUGCUGCAGACAGCUCGGCUCUCAGUCUCCCCUGGCUCGAGAGCCCAGCCCAGAGUCCUUCCCCAGCAAAAGAGGUACAGAAACAAAUACCCCUCCCUCCCGCAGGCAGCCAGCUCAGCCCGCCUCCAGCCGGGAGCCCUGGUGACGGUUGCUAUGGCGAUCUAAAGAUAGAGCAAGAGUCAGGAGACCUGGGUCCUUCUCCCUGCUUUGCCCACUGAGCAGCUGCUGAUUCUGCUCCGCCCCCACAGCCCUCCCCACCCCACCCUCCAUCCCAUGUGGGGCCAGCCCUCCCCAGGGACCUGGCGCUCCUGGGCAGCGCACUGCAGGUAAUGAACUCUGCUUCCCACCGUCUGGUCUCCACUGUGCUGCAUCAGCUUGGGCUGGCUGCGGGCACUCUGGAAUUGGAACAUGAAGCCAUGAAAUCUCCAAGUCAGAGGACCACAGAAGCAGAGUGAGAACAUUACAGUCAUGGGAUCACAGUCGUCCUCACACCAGAGAUUAAAGCUCAGGACUCCAGAAACCAUCCCGUCUAAUAGACUCAUUGUGUGAAUGGGGAAACUAAGGCCCAGCAAGGCUGAGCGAUUUGCCCGAGGUAAAACAGUUCACGGUGGGGUUGGCAUGAGAAGCCAGGUUUCCUGAUGUCACCUGUAUGGAGAGUUGGAUAACUGGUGAUGUUCAAACUGGGCUCUGUGGGACACUGGGGUUCCUGGCAUGGCAGCAGUGAGGGGACAGCCAGAUGGGGUUUCCAGGCCCCCUGCAACCAGAGCAGUUCUGUUUUCACCCCAUUUGUAUUGGGGUUUGCAGUUACCACUAUUUGUGAGAUAGGAUUUUCCUAUCUCAAAUGUUGCCGCACAUGUCCGUGCUGUGCCGUGUUCAGUAAACAGCCCUGGCGGGCAUCUGGUCAGAG